CGGGGCGGGCGCCCGCCCUCAGCGUCGGCGCGCAGGAGACCGGCAGCGGCCGGGGCUGGGCGCUGGAGCCGCCGCGGCGGCGGGAAGAUGGAUGCGCCGCGCCCGCGCCUCGCCGCUCGGCAUCCUCCCCGGGCCGCGGCACGGGCUUCCAAAGCAGCUGAGGACAGAACCUUAAGGAUUGCCAGGCAGUAGGCGUUAAAAUAACUGGUACUGAAAGGAACAGAAAAAGAUGGCAGUCCACAUUUGAAAGAAGUAAACACAUGGACUCUCACUGAUAAGAAAUCAUGUCAAAAAAAGGACGUAGCAAGGGCGAAAAGCCUGAGGCACUGAUUCUUGCCCUACAGGCUGCCAAUGAGGAACUCAGGACCAAGCUAACAGACAUUCAAAUUGAGCUGCACCAGGAGAAAUCUAAGGUUGCUAAACUAGAAAGAGAGAAGACUCAAGAAACUAAACGUAUCCGUGAAGUGGAGCAGCGCAAGCAGACUGUGCAGAUCACAGAGCUAAAAGCCAAACUUCAUGAGGAAAAAAUGAAGGAGCUGCAGGCUGUGAGGGAGAACCUCAUCAAACAGCACGAGCAGGAGAUGACACGGAUGGUAAAAGUCCGAGACAGUGAAAUCCAGCGCCUCAAGUCAGCGUUGUGUGCACUGCGGGAUGGGAGCAGUGAUAAAGUAAGGACAGCGCUGACUAUUGAGGCACGUGAAGAGGCCAGAAAACAGUUUGACUCUGAGCGCCUUAAGCUUCUGCAGGAAAUUACUGAACUGAAGUCUGCAAAAAAGCAGGUAGAUGAGGCCCUUAACAAUAUGAUCCAAGCUGACAAGAUCAAGGCGGGUGAUCUUCGGAGUGAGCAUCAGUCCCACCAGGAAGCCAUUUCUAAGAUCAAAUGGGAGAGUGAGAGGGAUAUUCGCCGCUUGAUGGACGAGAUCAAGGCUAAAGACAGGAUCAUAUUUUCCUUGGAGAAAGAACUGGAGACACAGACAGGCUAUGUGCAGAAGCUGCAGCUGCAGAAGGAAGCUCUGGAUGAACAGCUCUUCUUGGUGAAGGAGGCAGAGUGUAACAUGAGCAGUCCCAAGAGAGAGAUACCAGGAAGGGCUGGAGAUGGUUCAGAGCAUUGCAGCAGCCCUGACUUGCGCAGAAACCAGAAGAGGAUAGCAGAGUUGAAUGCCACGAUUCGGAAGCUGGAAGACAGGAACACAUUGCUCGUUGAUGAACGAAAUGAAUUGUUGAAGCGUGUCCGAGAAGCUGAAAAACAAUGUAAACCUCUCCUGGAAAAGAACAAGUGCCUCACGAAGAGAAAUGAUGAACUGAUGCAGUCUUUGCAGCGCAUGGAAGAUAAACUCAAAGCAGUCACUAAAGAAAAUAUAGAAAUGAGAGAAAAAAUGACAUCACAUCCUCCUCUAAAGAAAUUAAAAUCUCUCAAUGACCUCGAUCAGGCUAAUGAGGAACAAGAAACUGAAUUUUUAAAGCUUCAGGUCAUAGAACAACAGAACAUAAUUGAUGAGUUAACAAGGGACAGGGAAAAACUCAUUCGUCGCAGAAAGAAUAAAAGGAGUUCAAAGCCAAUUAAGAGACAUGUGGUGGAUACAGUUUUUGGGUAUGAUGAUGAUUCCAUGGACUCUGAAACAUCCUCUGUGGCCUCAUAUAGAACAGACAGAACACCAGCAACCCCAGAUGAUGAUCUGGAUGAGAGUUUAGCCGCAGAAGAAUCAGAGCUGCGGUUUCGACAGCUGACAAAGGAGUAUCAGGCCCUGCAGAGAGCUUAUGCACUACUGCAGGAACAAACAGGAGGCAUCAUAGAUGCUGAAAGAGAAGCCAAGGCUCAAGAGCAGCUCCAGGCUGAAGUACAGAGGUAUAAAGCCAAAAUAGAAGAUCUAGAGAAAACUUUAGCUCAGAAAGGGCAGGACUCUCACUGGGUAGAAGACAAACAGCUUUUUAUUAAGAGGAACCAAGAACUUUUAGACAAGAUAGAGAAACUGGAAGCAGAAAACAGCCGUCUGCAACAGGAGCUGCAGGAUGCUCGGGACCAGAAUGAACUGCUGGAGUUCCGCAACCUUGAACUGGAGGAAAGAGAGAGACGGUCUCCACCAUUUAAUCUCCAGAUUCACCCAUUUUCAGAUGGUGUGAGCGCUCUACAGAUCUACUGCAUGAAGGAAGGGGUUAAGGAUGUCAGCAUACCAGACCUCAUAAAGCAGUUAGAUAUCCUAGGUGAUAAUGGGAAUUUAAGAAAUGAAGAACAAGUGGCCAUAAUUCAGGCUUCCACUGUUUUGUCCUUGGCAGAAAAGUGGAUCCAGCAGAUUGAGGGAGCUGAAGCUGCUCUGCACCAGAAGAUGAUGGAACUGGAAAGUGAUAUGGAGCAAUUUUGCAAAAUAAAAGGUUAUUUGGAAGAAGAACUAGACUACAGGAAGCAAGCUCUUGACCAAGCAUACAUGAGGAUCCAGGAGCUUGAAGCCACCUUAUACAAUGCUUUGCAGCAAGAAACGGUAAUAAAGUUUGGGGAACUACUCACUGAAAAACAGCAGGAAGAGCUGAGGACAGCAGUAGAAAAGCUAAGACGUCAGAUGCUGAGGAAAAGCAGAGAAUAUGAUUGCCAGAUUCUUCAAGAGAGGAUGGAGCUGCUCCAGCAGGCUCAUCAGAGGAUCCGAGACUUAGAAGAUAAAACUGACAUCCAAAAGAGACAAAUUAAGGAUCUGGAGGAAAAGAGCACCCGACCACACAGAUAAGUCCUUAGAAAGGCAAAUGCUUCCAACCCCCCGAUGAAGAGAACAUUGUUUACACCAAUUUAAAAAAUAUAUACAAAAGAACAACCUGUAGCCAAGACUGCAACCACCUUAUAUUUUAAAGCCAUCAUUCAAGAUUUGUUACUUGACAGUUUCUGUCUAAAGCUAUGAUAUAUGCUGCAUCUAAUGAAAUCCUAUAUGUUGAAAUUACAAAAGGGGAAGAAAAAUAAACUGUGAACCUACAUCACUUAGGAAAAAACUUAAAGGGAAUCUGCAAGGCUCCACUUUCAGCUGAUCAAGUCAGAGUGUGUCUUGGGCAUGGACAGAAAAAUAUAUCCCUGCUAUGCAGGGCAAUCAUUUAAAUGUGACACUGUCAUCCCAUGAACAAAUCAAAAGUAAGAAGACAGAGCAGGAGAAACACUUGAGAGCUGUGGAGAGAUACUGACAAUAAAGCAUUUGGUU